AUGGCUCAGGUGGAGGCUGUCAGCUUUGGCAGCGAAUUGAAGGUCGGCCUCGGCAUAGGAUGGCUCUCGGAGAUCCAAGAGUUCUAUCAAGAACGCUCUGCUAUCGAGAAGGAGUACAGCCAGAAGUUAACCGCUCUAGCGAAGAAGUACUACGACAGAAAGUCCAAGAAGUCCAGCAAUCUGAGCGUGGGUGACAAUCCCGCUCUUACCCCAGGCUCACUGGAGGCUGCCUCCCUUACAACGUGGACAACACAGCUCUCGACUCUAGAGGCUCGUGCCAAUGAACAUGGCAAGUUCGCGCAGGACUUGCUCAGCCAAGUCUCAACGCCCUUAGAAUACAAUGCGAGGAAACUCGACGAGUUGAGGAAGAGUCACGGAGAGUAUCAGAACAAACUCGUAAAAGAGCGAGACUCCUCCUAUGGCGAUCUCAAGAAGUUAAAAGGAAAAUACGACGCUGUCUGUCAAGAGGUGGAGAACCGAAGAAAGAAGACCGAAUCCUCCUUUGACAAAAGCAAAGCUCAGAAUUCGUACAAUCAGCAAUUGAUGGAGAUGCACAACAUCAAAAAUACAUAUCUGAUCGGCAUCAAUGUCACCAACAAAUUAAAAGAGUGCUACUAUCAUGAAUAUGUUCCCGAACUUCUCGAUUCGCUACAGGACCUCAAUGAGACCCGAGUUUCCAAGUUGAACAACAUCUGGCUGGUCGCAUCCACCCUUGAAGCCAAUACCCUGAAGAGAAGUUCCGACCACAUCGCACAUCUAUCUGCCGAGAUCCCUCGAAAUAUCCCUGCUUUAGAUAGCAAUAUGUUUGUUCAGCAUAACGCUGUCCAAUGGCAGGAACCUUCCAAUUUGGUAUUCGAACCUUCCCCCGUCUGGUUGGAUGCCGACAAUAUGAUGACCGAUGAGACUUCCAAGAUUUUCUUGCGCAACAUUCUCCAAAAGAGCAAGCCCAUGAUUAACCAAUUGAAGAUGGAUGCAACCGCCAAACGACGCGAGCUAGAAAACGUGAAAAAGGUGCGGCAAAAUAUCCGAGAAGGUAAAGACAGACGGGAUGAAGUGGAUUGCGUACGGUCUCAAUUCGCCGUACAAGAAGAGGUACACGCGAUUGACAGGAGACGCUUGACAGCCGAGGUUGAGACCUCCACGAUUUUAGCAGUAGUCGGCGAUCUCAGCAUGUAUGGCAAGAGUCAUACAUUCAAGUCAGAGACUUUUAAGAUCCCUACGAAUUGUGAUCUUUGCGGAGAUCGCAUAUGGGGUCUCAGUGCAAAAGGGUUUAUUUGCACAGACUGUGGAUUUACCUGCCAUAGUAAAUGCCAGAUGAAAGUACCUGCUGAUUGUCCAGGAGAACAGACCAAGGAGGAAAGAAAGAAGUUGAAAGCUGAGAGACAGGCCACUGCUACUGCUGCUGUGGAGGCUCCUGCUUCGAACGGGGUGAGCUCCCCUCCACAACUUACCAGACAAGACACAAUGAACAGCCUGUCGUCCGGCUAUGCUGCAAGCGCCACACGCUCCCUCUCAGGAAACUUUCCCAGAUCCAUGACUCAAGAUGACACAACGCCGACCAACAGCUCUCCACUGACUUCGGCUCCAUCGAAUGCCAGCUCUACCCCUGCCGCUGCCGCUUCGGCGAGAAGAAACCGCAUUGUGGCUCCUCCUCCCGCCGCCUAUGUAGGCGGGACUUCACAGCCAGCUUCUAACGGUGAUGGCCAGCCUAGAGCUAAGAUGUUGUAUCCAUAUGAGGCGCGCGACUCCGGCGAGGUAACACUUCCGGAGGGGACAGAGGUCAAGAUCCUUGAGCCUGACGACCAGGGUUGGACGAAGGUCAAUGCAGGUUUCGGCAAGGAAGGCCUCGUACCGAGCGCAUAUCUUGAAGAAUUAUCUACAGCAGUCAGUACACCGGCGGGCGAGCGUCCACCGUCAUUGUAUUCGAACUCCAGUGCAUCCUUGGCAUCUUCAAGUAUGGCGGCUGCGAAGAAGAAACAAGGACCUGCGGUUGCCCCCAGGCGAGGAGCAAAGAAAGUCAAAUAUGCCGAAGCCCUAUACGACUACACUGCUCAAAGUGACGUCGAGUUUGACAUGGUGGAAGGUGAGAAAUUCAUUCUGAUCAGCAUGGGCACUGGGGAUGGCUGGGCAGAUGUGGAAAAGAAUGGAGAAACGAGAAGUGUGCCAGCAAAUUAUAUACAGGAAGUUUAG